AUGAAUUCAAUUACAAUAAUUAGACGAAUCUUCGCAAACUCGAGCAAGGAGCGAUCCUCGUCGUCAAACAACAACAGCCCGGCAACCAGGCAGUCUACAUCUACAUCGUCUCCACUCGCUGCUAACGGACAUACAGCCGAAUCAUCGUCUAUCGGUGUUCUUUCAUCUGGAGAACUGUCGACUGCCGGAAACUCCAACUCGACUCCAUCCUCUUCUACUCCAACCCACGGGCCAACAUCAUCAUCGCCAACCGUCAUUCCGGUGGUUGUUGCUGAAGACGAGAAGGCCGAGGAUUGUUUACCACCCCCAAUGGAAAAUAUCACCAUCACAAACAACAGUAUGGAGGAGAAGGAUGUGAACGACGAUCCGAUGGCAGUUUCCGACGUGGCAGAGCCUGAAGUACCGGAGAAAGUCGAGAAGACUCCAGAAGAGACGGCAAGAUUUAAGAGAUCGUAUGUGCUGAUGGAACUCGUUGAGACAGAGCAAGAUUAUGUAAAAGAUUUGACGUCAGUUGUCGAAGGAUACAUUGGAAAUCUAGAGAAGAUGGAUCUGCCAGCUGAUCUUGUUGGAAAGGACAAAAUCAUUUUUGCCAAUAUCGCUCAAAUUCUGGACUUUCACAAAACUUGUUUCCUGAAAGAGAUCGAGAAAUGCACGGAAAACUAUGAAGCAGCAGGACAGGCGUUCGUGAAAUACGAGAGACGGUUACACACUUUAUACGUCAAGUACUGUCAGAACAAGCCAAAAUCAGAUUAUCUGCUGGCUCAGGAUGAUUUCGAGGGGUUCUUUGCCGACACGAAAGCCAAGUUAGGACACAAAGUAGCGUUAUGUGACUUGCUGAUCAAACCGGUUCAAAGAAUUAUGAAGUAUCAAUUGUUGCUCAAGGAUAUUCUCAAGUUCACCGAACGAGCCAAGGAUCGACCUGAUGUUUUGAAGAAGGCUUUGGGGGUUAUGCAUGUAGUUCCAAAGGCCUGUGACGAUAUGAUGCAAGUCGGACGUCUUCAAAACUUUGACGGAAACCUUGGAGCACAAGGAAGAUUAAUCCAUCAGGGAACACUUCAGAUCAGUGAAUCUGUUGCUGGAAACACUCAAAAACCAAAAGACCGAAGAAUCUUCUUGUUCGAACAAUCUGCCAUUAUCGCUGAUCACAUUCCACCAAAGAAAGAGUUUGGAAAUCCAACUUACAUCUUCAAGAAUCAAAUUAUGGUGAAUAAGAUGGUUUUCGAACCACAAGUGGCAGAUGAUCCACUUCGAUUUGUGAUCAAAAGUUCGGAUCCAACUCAACCAACAAGUUUCAUUGCCAAUGCUCAGACCCAAGAGGAAAAAGACGAGUGGAAUAGGAAAAUCAGUGAACAACUUGAUCAACAAAAACGUCUUCUUGCUGCUCUCGUAGAUCCAAAACGAUUUAUGGGUGGUAGUGAUGACAUGUCUGGUGGAAUGGGAAAUAUGAGCUUAGGACCAUCAGGAAAUGACAAAAAAGCGUCGUCUUCCACUGCCAAAUCAUCAGCAACCACAUCAAAGAAAGCAGCUGAAUCUCCAAAAAAAGAAAGCAAAUCAAAAUCAUUAUUUUCAUUUGGAAAGAAGCCAGCCAAGUCUCCAACUUCUCCUCCACCGUUAGAAGCAGCGGGAAACGGAAGAUUCAUCAAGAUUACAGAUGAUCAAGUGAAUUUGGAAACUGAUGAAAAGGUCCAAGUUUUUGAUGUAAAAAACGGAUAUGCAAAUGUCAAAAAAUCCGAUGGUACUAUUGGAAAAUGUCCGAACUAUUUCUUAACAAUGUCUGAAAUUCCUGGAGAAAACUUUGCUGAACAGAUACAAUACCGUCGUGAAUGGCAGCGAAGAGUCGAUGAAGCUGAUGUUAAGUAUGGACCAAGUGCAUUCGAUGUUGCCACGUCAUCAACUGAAAAUUUCGAUGUGCUCUUAGAGCUAUCGACUUGUGAAAGGCCAGUCGUUGUGGAGGAAAUGAAAGAUUUGGAAGUAGUUGAAGGAGAUGAUGUAGAGAUGACACCCAUAAUUUCUUCUCACACGGACUAUACGGUAGUAUGGUAUGGACCAGCAGUCGAUACAAAAAGAGCUAAAAUACAGGUAGCGAAAGGACUACAUAAUGGAACGAAAACUACAAAUAUUCAGACAAACAAUCUGGAUAGUCGUCUUCUGAUCAGAAAAGUGAAGAAAUGUGAUGCUGGAGCAUAUUCUGUGAUAGCAAAGAAUUCGUUUGGAGUCACUUCCAGUGUAUCCUUUUUGACUGUAAUCUCAGUUCCAGAUGGAUCUUCACCGGAAAACUGGCAAAUAGCAUCAACAAAUAUUGAGAAAGCGCAUGUCUCUUUGAGGAAUUUCGCUCGUCACAGCUAUUCAUUCCGUAUUUUCGCAUACAAUCAACGGGUCAGAAGUACUCCAUCCAGUUCAAUUAGUGUUGUUUUCGAUGGAAAUUCUAAUAAACAAUAG